AUGCACAAUGAGUCGAUAGAGACGCUGCGGCGGCUUGAGAAGGAGAUAGAAGAGGCACUCGUGACCGAAGCACAAGGAAUGUUCCUCUGGGUUACUCUCCAACUCGAAAUUAUCGGAGAUACCGAACGUAUCAAGGAUAUUGACAGUAUUCACGAAGUCUUGGCCUCUCUUCCUCCAAUGCUUAGCAAAUCGUAUGAGGUUAUCUACAAGCGAAUUCAUUCUAUAGGUGAAACUCCCAGAAGGGUCGCGAUGGAAAGUCUUUAA